GUCAUGUGAUGUUUCUCUUCGAUUCGGCACAAAACACGACAGACAGCCUUUUAAUGUCGUCACGCAAACACGAGCCUUAACUUUCUUCUUCGCGCCUUCAAGACUCGGUGUGCAGACGGACCCGGUCAGGAUCAGACGGAGGACGCAGGACCACAGACAGCCGGUCUCACCGUGACAGGCAGCGGAUCCCAGCCGAGCGGAGAGAGCCGAGUCCCGGUGACCAUGUCGGUGCUGGGCCCGCCCCCCAGCAGCAGCAGCGCCGACGCCUGCCUCAGCAUCGUCCACAGCCUGAUGUGCCACCGGCAGGGCGCCGAGAACGAGGGCUUCGCCAAACGGGCCAUCGAGAGUCUGGUGAAGAAGCUGAAGGAGAAGAAGGACGAGCUGGACUCGCUCAUCACCGCCGUCACCACCAACGGCGUCCACCCCAGCAAGUGCGUCACCAUCCAGAGGACGCUGGACGGACGGCUGCAGGUGGCGGGUAGGAAAGGUUUCCCUCAUGUGAUCUACGCCCGUCUGUGGCGUUGGCCUGAUCUCCAUAAGAACGAGCUGAAACACGUGAAGUUUUGUCAGUUUGCCUUCGACUUGAAGUACGACAGCGUGUGCGUGAACCCCUACCACUACGAGAGGGUGGCGUCUCCCGCCACCACAGGUCCUCAGUCUCUGAUAAAGGAGGAGUUCAUGCAGGACUGUCUGCAGAUCGACCUGCCCCCCCACGCUGAACCCUACAACCAGCCCCGCCCUGUCAGCACGUAUCCCAGCAUGCUCCUCUCUCCUCCAGGCAGCAGCUCCAUGGCGGCGGCUGCUCUGGCAGCUGGCGGCGUUGGCUGCAGGAGGAGCGGUGGUGAGGGCGGCGGCCUCCUUCAGAUCGCCCUGCCUCAGAACCACGGGGGCCGCGCCUCCCCGCCUCACCCUAACCCCUCUCACACGCCCCAGCCUCCUCACCCGCCCACCCCGACCUCCCCACAUCAACAGAGCCCCGAGUACAGCAGCCCCCCCAAAACUGCCACCUGGCCAGGUAACAGCCCCGCCCCUUACAGCCCUGCAGGACCUCAACAGAGUGGGCGGAGCCACCAGCAGCCUCCAUUACAUCAUCACAACGCCCCCAACACUCACUUCUGGUCACAGCAUCACAGUACUGCUCCAUAUCCACAACCAGUGUCCAACCACCCAGGUCCAGAGUUCUGGUGCUCCAUCUCCUACUUUGAGUUGGACGUUCAGGUGGGGGAGAUGUUUAAGGUCCAGUCCAGUUGUCCUCUGGUGACAGUGGAUGGUUAUGUGGAUCCUUCAGGAGGAGACCGUUUCUGUUUGGGACAGCUGAGUAACGUCCACCGUACCGCCACAAGCCACCGUGCCAGGCUCCACAUCGGUCGGGGGAUUCAGCUGGAGUGUCGGGGGGAGGGGGAUGUCUGGAUGCGUUGCCUUAGUGACCACUCCGUGUUCGUCCAGAGUCUCUAUCUGGACCGUGAAGCAGGCCGAGCCCCAGGAGAUGGCGUCCACAAGAUCUACCCAGGAGCUUAUAUCAAGGUGUUUGACCUGAGGCAGUGUCACAGGCAGAUGCAGCAGCAGGCGGCAGCAGCUCAGGCAGCAGCAGUGACUCAGGCAGCGGCGGUCGUCGGUGCGAUUCCCGGGCCGAACAGCGUGGGGGGGAUCGCUCCUGCCGUCAGCGUGUGCUCGACGGCAGGUCUGGGCGUGGACGACCUGCGCAGGUUGUGUAUCGUGCGUCUGAGCUUCGUUAAAGGUUGGGGGUGUGAUUACCCGCGGCAGAGCAUCAAGGACACCCCCUGCUGGCUGGAGGUUCACCUGCACCGAGCGCUGCAGCUGCUGGACCAGGUGCUACAUACGCUGCCGCCGCGUGAACACACGCUCUGACAUGCCGCCACAGGUGUGUGUGUGUGUGCGUAUUUUCACUGUGGGAGUGUGUAGCUCACAGGACGGCCAAUCACAGCAGAGGAUUCGUCCACAGCUGAAGAGGGAGGAGAGAAGUUGGAACACGUUGACUGACAAUAUUCAGAGGCUCCGCCCACCCCAUCCUCCUCCACACUGCUCAUUGGUCGCUUCAGAAAGGCUUCAGACAAUCAGCCAACCAACACAUGCCUCCUGUCGGUCAGUGAGUUUCCAUGGAUACCAGCAUCAUAUUAAAGGAUUAUAAUGAGGACGCCGACCCUGGAGCAGUGAGGGACCGUGGAUGGACGUUGUCUUGGUCCUCAGUCCAUUCUUAAUGUCUCAGCUUCAACAACAAGCGCUCACAGUUCCAGUGGCCGGUUUGAUUUGAUGUGAUUUUACUGGACAGGAACACAAAUAAAUGCAGAAAAAGAUGCCGUCACAGUGACAAUAUACAUUUCUCUGAACUGUCGUGGAUAACACACGAAAGUUACAAACUUAUUUCCAUUGUGGACCUGGUUAGUUUUUUUUAAACUCAAAAAGGUUCUGCCUCUGGGUAUAAAAUGACCCGGGUCUCCUGCAAAGCUUCCUGUGGCCCCGCAGGAGCGAACGCACCAGAGACUUUCCAGAUGUUGUCGAAGCGAAUGGAUCAAAUUCAAGCUUCUGAAUUCUGAAACGAGUCGAGGGGGUUGAGACGCUGAAAAAUAUUUAUCUCUCUGCCGUAAGUCAGUGGGAGGAGUCUCUGUGGGGCCGCUGUGCAGCACACGACCCGGAAGUUGUAAUUCCACAGAUUACGGUGCACUUCCUGCGGGAGUUUGCACCACCCCAACUUCCUGUGUCUCCACACAUCGAGUGAAACAAGUCGGUGAUUUUAACAGUGGGUGAAUUAUUCAGUCAGUUAGGGCCCUUUGGAGCCCGGGGCCCAUUUCAGCUGAAUGGGUCACCGGGCCGGUUCAGUGUCUGCCCCGGGACCAGUUCGGUGCAGACACUGAACCGGUUCAGUAUCACUGGUUCACACAGAUGAGUUGGUGCCACAUUAACUGUGUGUGUUUGUGCUGUUUGACCCGUGGAGUUCCUCAGGGGCCGGUUCUGGGCCCCCUCUUAUUUUCCCUUUAGGACAGUCUGUCAGGUAUUUAUAAAACUUUUCUGGAUCAGUACCUGCUGUGUCUGCGGUUUGGGUGAACUGACCCUUUAACAUCCGGAAACGACCAGCCGUCACAUUUCCCGCUUCAACAGGAUGCUGAAAGUCUAUUGAUUAUUUAUUGUUAUUAUCUACCAAAGAUCCAUCUCCUGCUCUGGAUGACAUCGUUUCCUGUUUACUUUGUGAUUUGGAUUAUUUAUUCUGUCAUCAGGUUUUUCUCUCAGCUUUUUGUUUUUAAUGCUUUUAUACUGAAAGGGUCUAUAACUGUAACGUCUGCUGUUUAUUAAAAAUGAAUCUUUCA